CCGGCCAGGUGCCCGUCCGUCGAAUCGAUGUGUCGCCUGACGGCGCGGCGUGCGGCGACUGGACGGGCCGACGGCGGCUGUCAGUGGUGACUGGGUGUGGACCGGCGGCCGGCGGUGGCUCGGUGACCAGUGACAGCAGUGUGAAGCGGUGCUAAGGGUGGCGCAGUGACCGGUCGUCUCUGAGGGGCGGUGAGGCGGUGUCGAGUGUGGUGGGAAGCGGUCCGCACGGCGCCACGUCUCCGAGAAGCCGGACCAUGACGGAGCUGCGUGCAGAGAGGAUCCGCAGUCGGGACGGACACGCGUCCGAGUUCUUCCAGUAUGUGGGCCCGUACCGGCUGGAGAAGACGCUUGGGAAGGGUCAGACUGGUCUGGUGAAGCUCGGCGUACACUGUAUGACAGGACGUAAGGUGGCUGUGAAAAUAGUCAACAAGGAGAAACUCAGCGAGUCGGUACUUCAGAAGGUGGAAAGAGAAAUCGCCAUCAUGAAGCUGAUCGAUCAUCCUCAUGUGUUAGGAUUAUAUGAUGUGUAUGAUAACAAGAAAUAUCUAUAUUUAGUGUUGGAACAUGUGUCCGGAGGUGAACUGUUUGACUAUCUCGUGAAGAAGGGAAGGCUGACACCCAAGGAGGCGAGGCGAUUCUUCCGGCAGAUUAUCUCCGCUCUGGAUUUCUGCCACAGCCACUCAAUAUGCCAUCGCGACCUAAAGCCGGAAAACCUGCUUCUGGACGAGAAGAACAACAUUCGGGUGGCCGAUUUCGGCAUGGCCUCGCUGCAGCCGGACGGUCAUACGCUGGAGACGAGCUGCGGGAGCCCGCACUACGCCUGUCCAGAGGUGAUCCGGGGCGAAAAGUACGACGGCCGGCGGGCGGACGUGUGGUCGUGCGGCGUCAUCCUCUACGCGCUGCUGGUCGGAGCGCUGCCCUUCGACGACGACAACCUGCGGCAGUUGCUGGAGAAGGUGAAGCGCGGCACGUUCCACAUCCCGCACUUUGUGCCGCCCGACUGCCAGAACCUGCUGCGGGGGAUGAUCGACGUCAAUCCCGAGACCCGGCUGAAGCUGCGGGAGAUCAACCGACAUCCGUGGGUGAUAGCCGGCUCCAAGGGCGAGCUGGAGCUCGAGCCGCCGAUGAUGGAGGUGGUGCAGACGCACGUGAUUCCCGGCUCGGAGCGGCUGGACACGGACGUACUGCGAGCAAUGUCCCACUUAGGCUGCUUCAAAGACAAGGAGGUCCUCGUCCAGAAACUGCUCAGCCCCACCCACAACACCGAAAAGGUCAUCUACUUCCUGUUGCUGGAGCGGAAACGGCGCAAACCAGCCUACGAGGAUGACGCAGAGGCGCUGAUGAGAGCCAGGUCUGAGUCGGCCGAUCCGCCGCGGAAGAGGGUCGACUCGUACAAACUGAACGGCUCCACGCACCAGUACGAACAGCUGAGCGAGGGCUCGCCGGUGAUACCACGACGACACUUCCACCAACGGCGGCGGCCCAGCAGCUCUUCCGGCCUCAGCCCGCUGUCGUCAUCGACGGUGACACCGACCGUGUCGCCGCUGCCGUCGCCCAAGCUGCUGACGCGCCCGUCGCCGGGGCCGGCCUCGGACGACCUGGCCACGCCGCCGGCCUCGCCCUACGGCGCGCCCGCCUACUGGCGGUCGCGACUCAACACCAUCAAGAACUCGCUGAUGGGAUCUCCGCGCUUCCACCGGCGCAAACUGCAAGUACCGUCCGACGAGACGCGUCUGACGCCGGAGUCGUCGCCGGAGCUAACUAAACGUUCGUGGUUCGGCACGCUGAUGGGCUCGGAGCGCGACGAGAGCUACACGGUCAUCAUGCGCAACAAGCCGCUGGCCAUCGUCAAGGCCGACCUCAUCCACUCGUUCCUCUCGAUCGCCGAUCUUAGCCACAGCGUCACGUCUCCGAUGUCGUUUCGAGUCGAGUACCGGCGCGGCGCCGCCGGACCGGCCGUCUUCCAGCGCCAGGUCCGGUUCCAGGUGGACAUCACGCCUGUCACACAGGGCGACGACGAGUGCCUCUACGCCAUCAACUUCUCACUCGUCUCCGGUAACAUCCGCCGGUUCCGCCGGAUCUGUGAGCACAUCCACUGUCAGGUAUGCUCCCGCCGACCACCGCCGUCACCCAGGGUGGGCCGGAAGUUCACGGCCGACCUGUCGGAGAGCUCCUCGGCCGGCUCCGACUCGUCAGAGCGGCUGCAGACGGUCGUACCGCCCCGGCAGGUGGACGCCGAGUCUGAGGUAGACAACAUCCUCGACAUGAAAACUCCGACCAACGAGACGGCUGACCCGCCGCUCAUUUCGGAGCAGGAGCCGCCGGCGGCCACGGAGCCACCCCGCUCCGACAGCGGCUCGCCAGCAGCCAGCGACGACUCGGCCACAGCCACUGCAACAGUGACACCUAGCGACUCGGAACCGAACUCGAGCUGCGCCGUGUCGGCGCUAUGAUCUCCGCGGCGCUAGUGUUCCGCCGCCAGUGAGGGGGACAGUGGCCGGAGGGGUGAAAAGAGGCCGGCUGGUGUCGAAAUGACCUGCCAGGGACCGUGCAAUGAGUGAGGGCGGAGCGGCGCAGGGUGGCUGGCCUGACCUGACCUGACCCGACCCGCCUGUGGCCCGGGCGGUGGGUCUCGCCGGCCGGCCGUCGAGCCGCCUCCCGCCUCUGAAGAUCGCGACAUUCCCAGUGUAGUUGGCGCCAAACAGUGUUGCCGGGUAUAUAGGUAAAUCUCUAUAUAUUCGGGGUCGGCUGGUAGGCCGGCGCCCGGCGGUGGCGCGGCCGCCCGGCAGCGGCCGCUGUCUCUGUGUCCGUCUUGUUGCUUGUGUAUGCGGGGUGUGUUGUCGGUGGAGCCAGUCCAGUAUUCUGCUAGCGACCCGCUGUCUGCCGGCCGCGGUGGCCGUCCGUCCGAAACCAGCGCGCCGCGCUCGUCGACGCAGGGUCCGCCCGUCCCACCGGGCGCGUUCAGUAUUCCGGCUGGGGUCCGCACGGCCCGCCGAAAUCCGGCCGCCGUUCUGCUGUGUAUGUGCUGCUGUGUCCCUGGAUUAGAUCUCAUAAAAACAUCAACAUCAAAAUAUCGAUCUUUGUUGGCGUGUUCGACUGUUUGCUGCUUAAUCUUUGUUUACAUUUUUAUUUGAUGGCUCUAUCUACUUGACUCCACUGUAACUGUUGUCAACAGCUUAUACUUUAUAGACGAAUAAUCCAUGCUCUCGUCUGGCAUUCAUCUAUAUCUCGUACCUUUCUAAAGCUGAGAUAGACGUCUUCUCUAGUCACUAAGCCCGACGCCCGUUUUCGUGUCCCUUCGAUUUUCCUCAAAGAAGCUGCUCUCUUCUUUGUGUCGUCAAUCGUUACAGAAGGGCCUGAAUUUCAUGGUCAGAGAUAAAACAGAGCACAUUAUUUUCAUCGGGUGAUUGCGAUCGUUGGCUGGAUGCGUAAUGCGUAAUCUCAAGAAAGGAAUACGACGGGAAGGGUCCGAAAGACAGAAAAGUUUAGCUUCAGCCGCGGCGGCCAAACGUUGCUCGAUCUUACCUGCCAGUCUGGCGUCUGCUUCAGUAUUACUGAUCUACCAUCAUCUUUGGAUUGACCGAUAUGCUUGAGACGCGUGUCUUGUGAUAAUCUUUUCUGUCUCAAUGUGGUUCGAUGUCCUUUUCUGUACUGUACCGUACACUGUUUCUAUAUACUCAUCUUUCAGA